AGGACAGCCAACUUCGAGCGAGAAGAAAAAGCAGUGAGUUGUGUGGAGUUGUGUGGGGGUGUGCGCACACACAACUAUCCGUCUGAUUCAUUCACAUCAAUCAGAGCGAACAAAGGGAGAGAGAGCGAGGACGAUGACGUCGACUGAGGUGACUGUGGAUGGAGUGGAGUGUGUGGAGUGUGAGGUGGAAGGGGUUCGCGUGUACCUGUUUGGCACAGCGCAUGUGAGCAAGCAGAGCACCCUGGACGCCGCAAACCUCGUGCGACAUCUACGGCCAGCUGUGGUGUUCUUGGAGCUGUGUCCUGAGCGCUCGUUCUUGCUCAAGCAGGACCCCAACAAGCCCAUUGCAUCCACACCCUUCAGUAUGGCGCAGCUGUUUCUGACGGUGGACGAGGAGAUGAUUGAGGCGAUGAAGAGCGGAAUUGAUGCGCUCCUGGAGGAAUUUCAACAGGUGAUUUGA